AUGCAGCUUCGGCCCGUGAAUCCCGCGGACGGCUUCUGCGCCAUGGGCUACUACCCGGGAUUCGCGCCGGCAAACGCGCUCCCCGCGGCUCUCGGCCUGGAGGGCAUGGGAGUCGUGGCGGCGCUGGGCGAAGCGGCAGCGCAAUCGGCGCCGGAUCUGGCGGUGGGGCGGCGCGUGGUGCCGCUGCUGGCACUGGGCGCGCUGGAGGCGGGCAGCGGCGCGUGGCAGGAGUACGUGGCGGUGGACGCGGCGCAUGUGGCAGCGGUGCCCGAGGGAGUGCGCGACGAGGACGCGGCGCAAUUGGCGGUGAAUCCGCUGACGGUGCUGGGCAUGCUGAACCAGCUGGAUGUUCCCAAGGGCGAGUAUCUGGUGCAGACGCAGGCGGGGUCGACGCUGGGCCGCAUGCUGAUCCAGGUGGCGCGCGCGCGUGGCAUCAGGACGAUCAACGUCGUGCGCCGAGCCGCCCAGGCCGCUGAGCUCAAGGCGCUGGGCGGCGAUGAGGUGAUCUGCUCUACAGACGAGAGUGUACCAGACAGGGUGCGGGCCAUAACGGGUGGGCGAAUGGCGCAUGCAGCGGUGGAGAGCGUGGCGGGCGACCUCACGGGCGCAGUGCUCUCCUCCGUGCGCCCGGGCGGCACCGUGCUGCUCUUUGGUGGCGCCUCGGGAGCCACCUUCUCCGCCUCCAUUGGGGACUUCAUCUUCAGGGAUGUGACGCUCAAGGGCUUCUGGGUGGGGCCCUACUUGAAGGUGCUGAGCCAUGAGAGGCGGCAGGCGGUGGUGAAGGAGGCGUUUGAUCUCAUUGCCAACGGCACUGUCACCCCCUUCACGGGUGACAAGAUGGACCUCUCUGAGUUUGCCACUGCUCUCAAGAACCAGCUGGCAGAGAAUCGUCAGGGAAAGAUUCUUCUUUCUGGAGCUGCUGCAAUGCGCAACGCGCGUCCCGAGUCGUUGGAGGUGCCGCGAAUGGACGAGCGGCUGUCAGCCACGUGGAGGAGCGAGUGGAAACCGCGUGGUUACAACGACCACGUGGCGCUCAUCCGUGCGGACCUCGAUAGAUCUCUUACUGCUGCUAGCACUUUAGUUUUUCGUACCAUCGUCGGCAGCAUCCUUGUCAGCAGCUUCUGCAUCUUCACCAACCGCGGUGGCCUUGCCACUCGCACUCCCAACCUGCUUCUUCAUGCCAACCGCUGCAGUGCACAGCCUGGCACGCGUUCGGCAUCAUUGCUCUCUGCUCAUUACAGCCCCCAUGUGUGUGCCCACCGACCAUGCCUCCAGGUGCACUUGCAAGCAUCAGUGGAGGAUCCGUACGAGCUCUCGUUGUUUCUACAUGUGCCCCUGCUGGCCGGCACAGUGAACCGCGGCAGCGUGGUGGUGAGUACAGGGCCUGUUGCGAAUGACUGGGCGGCAUCUGCAUGGUUUGAAACGACUGCCACAGAGCUGUCUGUGAUUGGCUGGGUGUUCAAGCAGAGAGACAGCGUGGCUCUUAGUGUGGUGCAUGAAAUGCGGGCCUCGCUCAUUGAUGCUCUGGUAUGA